CGCGACGACGCGAAUGCGACUUUCCGAAUCCAAACUUGUUCUGGAUCCCAAUAUAUCAAUAUAUAUAUAAAAUUGAGUUUUCCUGUUCUUCGCUAUCAGCUGUUAUCUUGGCCUAGAUAUGAUAUAGACCCAGAAACACAAAAUAUUUGAGAGAGUGAGAGAGAUGGAACUAACCCUUGAUUUGAGCAGGGUCUUCGUCCCCAAAACCAUCUCCGAACUCGUCAGAGAAAUUUCAACCGCCGGAAAUAGCUCAGAGAAACUGUCAAAGCUUCAUGAUUGUGUGCAAAGAUUGGAAGAUGAACGAAGCAAGAUUGAAGGUUUCAAACGCGAGCUUCCUCUCUGUAUGAAUCUUUUAAACGAUGCUAUUGGGAGGUUGAAGGAAGCAGCAAUGCAUUGUAUGGAAAGCGAUAACGAUGACAAGAAGAAUUGGAUGAACUCUGCUCAGCUCUGGAUCACCGGUCCCGACUAUGAUUACAAGAAAGAAGAAUCAGCUUCAGAAGCAAAAUUGCAUGGUGAAGAAGACGAUUGGUCUGUACUGGAGAACCCGAUUCAGCCACAAAGUAACCGAAACAUGGGAGGGAAUUUUCCGUCAUUGAAGGAAGAGAACGAGGUUUCACAAGUCACUAGCCUUUCGCUUAUGACUCCACUGCCUGAACUGAAUCCAAGCGAUUCGGUUUCCAAAAGAAGAACCUCUUUUGGUUGUAGAGGUAGUAAUUCUGGUUCAUCUUUGUUAACAGAACCACCUAGGAAACAAAGGCGGUACUGGUCGCCGCAGCUGCACCGAUGUUUCCUCGAGGCUGUCCAACAACUUGGGGGAGAGCAGGUGGCCACCCCUAAACAAAUUAGAGAACUCAUGCAGGUGGAUGGUCUAACAAAUGAUGAAGUGAAAAGCCAUUUGCAAAAAUAUAGACUUCAUGUCCAAAGACGUGCAUCUUCUUCAUCUGCAAAUGGUUUAUGGAUGGCCCAAGAUCAACACAGAAAACGCUCAAAUCCAAACACCUCUCAGUCUGGUUCCCCAAAGGGUACCCUUCUUGCUGGUGUGUCUGCUAAAGAUCUAUUUAGUAUUGGAGACAACAGCAAGGAAGCAGAAGCAGAUGAGGAAUCAGAUGGUCAUAGCUGCAAAGGUGGGCUUCAAGAGCCAUGAGAAGAUUGUGCAGUCUCUCAUUAAACCCCCAAGAGGUUUCAGAUACAAAUACCCCUUGGGGAUUCAGAACUUAUGAACAUAUAAUUACUAUUAUUGACACACAGAGAGGAAUUCAUAAUUUCAUACUAACGUUGUUUUUUCUCCUUUCUUUUCUGGAGGAACUACUUCAGAGAAAGGUCAUAGGGUAGUUUGUUCCUCUGCUUUUGAAUUGGUUUUAUGCUAUGGCCAUAGGGGACUGUAUGAACUCUAAAUAGAGACGACAGUCUUUUUUCAAAUGAUGCCAUCUGAAACAUAUCUGAAUUUA